CACUUGCAGGAAAAAUCUUCAAUUGAAUAGGUCUCUUCAGACUCUUUACUGUUGCUACCUAAACUAGCUUUCUUCAGAAGAUCCAUCCUCUAUUCAGUUCAAUGUUCUUGAACUUCUACCUUCAGUGAAAAAGUACGUUAUACGCUUGACAUGGGAUGCCAGAUUAUUCAUGAAGUCAGUCAGACGUGCUGGUCCUAGUAGCUUCCUGAAUAAAGAUGUAAGUGUUACUUAUUAAUGUGGCAAAACUUUACUUAGCCUUGUUCCUGUUGAAAGAUGCAUUAGUGUUGAAGACUCCAAUUGACCUUUGCACCUUUAACAUGCUCAGAUUUUGCAAAUAUACAUGUAUAAACAUAAACACUAGAAUUUUUCAGUCUGAAAAUGUUAAAAAAGAAAAAAACUGUAAGGAAGUAUGAUCAACAGUAGAAUCAGUUGACAUGAAAUAUAUUCAAAUCUGUAAAGGCAUGAAUGGAAGAGGCUGUCAUUCAAUCAAGUAGUAAACACAACUGGAUCAUUUCCUUUUUUAUUUUUAGAUGUUAAUGUGGCUACUAACUAUCUCCUAGUGUUGCUUGUUCCCAGGAAUAACCAGCUAGAGCAUUUCAUUCUGUCCUCUUUUUCUGCUUCCACUUAUUUUUUUAAAAUAGGAGUAAUUUUUUUUACUCAAGGACCGACAAGCAAAAUGAAAAGGAUAAGAAAAAGGGUGUGUUUGCCAUAUUUUGUAAAAAUAUCUUUUUUAUAUUUGAUGAUUAAAAUAUUAUGAAAUUUUCUUCAAGUUUCUUAAAAAUUAAGAAGGCAACUUCCUUCUCUAGCUACCCCAUCACUCCAGUCAAUCAUUUGAAUUCCUUUUCCUUUGAAAGAUGGAGAAAAUAUAGGUGAUGGAUUCCCAAAUCUUUGGGAGCAACUUGGAAAAGGCAUCCAUUAGUGGUAUAUUGUUUGUGGUCCAUGCUCUAUCUUCAUCCUUACGGGUUGAAUAGUCCAAACUCCAAAACAAUUUGGUACCCACACUCCUUGUUGGGCAUCGAUAGAGACGGUACCUGGGCUACUUGCUAAAAUAAUGUUCUUUUCCAUAUCUACAUUGCCAUACUGUUGAUAAUUAGGAAUAUUAUCUGAUUGGAGCGAUUCACAAAACAUCAACGUGGACCUUCUUAAAUCAACACAUGAUUAGUGAUUAUGUUAUCUUCUUCUUCUCCUUUUUUUUUUUUAAUAACACGUCGAUAUUGAUAAAUGAUAAGAGUCAAAUUUUGUCACUUACCUAUCAUGUUAAUGUUUUUGUUUGGAUUUUAAAAUGGAGAAUACAAGUAUUUGUAUGAAUGAAUGAACAAGUGGGUAAACAUGGAAUUACAAGAAAUGAUGGAGUCCGGAAAGUUGAAAAUUGGAGGGCUAGAGUAGAGUAUGAAGAUGAUUUAGGGUUGCCCAAAUUAAUCCAUUCACCGCCCAACUUGUUACAUGAAUAUUUGUAGGAGCAAGAUUUAGUUAUUUCAUUUUUUAUUUUAUCUAAAAUAAUAUAUAAAUAUAACUUUAAUUAUCAUUAUGGAUGAUUUUUGUAAUUUGAUUAUAAUGUGUUAAAUAUUAUAUCAAAUGUAAUAAUAAUAAUUGUACUAAUUUUAAUACUUGAAACUUCGGAUGGUAACGAUCAAAUUAGUCAAAAAUGAUUCUACUAAAGGCAUAAAUCAACAUUGCACUUUGAGAUAGUCUUUUGUUUAAAAUACAAAAAAAAAAAAAUAAUAAAAUUUUAGCAGUCAAUUUUGGAACAAGUCCAUUAAAUUCGUAAUCUCCUUCCCCUUGGGAGAAAAAGAAAGGAGGCACUUAAUUUUCUGAGGGCUACUUUAAAAGAGAAUACAAAUAUGAAGAUAAUAUUAUUAAAUAGAGAUAGAAUAGUAUAAAAUGAGUAGUCGUAGUUAGUAGUGUGAUAAAAUGGAUGGCUUUUGCGUUCAUUAAAGCGUCGUCUGGAAAGAUGAUGAGCUUUUGCCUUUCUUCCACAGACAUUGGAGACUCGUUCUACUUUUAACCCUUUCAUAUCUUCUUCUUCAUUCAUCCCAUCUCACUAUUCUUCUUUACAAAAAUUGACAUGGAUGACGAGUAUGCUAAGCUUAUCAGGAGGAUGAAUCCUCCCAGAGUGGUGAUUGACAAUGACUCUUGUGAGAAUGCAACCAUUAUCCAGGUUGACAGUGUCAACAAGCAUGGGAUUCUUCUUCAAGUUGUGCAGGUUCUGACGGAUUUAAACCUUGUUAUCACCAAAGCAUACAUUUCCUCUGACGGGGGAUGGUUUAUGGACGUGUUUAAUGUGACUGAUCAAGUUGGAAAUAAAGUAAGAGAUGAACAAAUCAUCAGCUAUAUCCAAAAGACUCUUGAAAAUGAUGAGGUUCUGUUACCCUCUUUAAGGGGAACUGUUGGCUUGAUACCUUCUGAAGAGCACACGUCCAUUGAACUUAGUGGUACAGACAGACCUGGCUUAUUGUCUGAAGUGUGCGCAGUUCUUGCUGACCUUCACUGUAAUGUGGUGAACGCUGCAAUCUGGACGCAUAAUGCGAGGGCUGCAGCUGUGGUUCAUGUUGUGGACGACGUUACUGAUUGUGCAAUUGAAGAUCCAAAACGCCUUGCUACAAUCAAGAAACUUCUUCGUAACGUCCUCAAGGGGAACAAUGAUUUGAAGACUGCAAAGAUGACACUUUCACCGCCUGGAUUUACACAUAGGGAGAGAAGAUUACACCAGAUAAUGUUUGAUGAUAGGGAUUACGUAAAAGUUAGAAAGACAGAACAGGGCAACAUUGAGGAUUUGAAGUCCGGGCCUUGUGUAACUGUUUAUUAUUGCAGUGAAAAGGAUUAUACUGUGAUCACUAUGAGGUCAAGGGAUCGACCUAAGCUGUUGUUCGAUAUUGUCUGCACUCUGACUGACAUGCAGUAUGUGGUCUUUCAUGGAGUUGUUCACACAGGAAAGAACGAAGCUUAUCAGGAAUUCUACAUUCGACAUGUUGAUGGGCUUCCAAUAAGCUCAGAGGCUGAGAGAGAACGGGUGAUUUUGUGUCUUGAAGCAGCUAUUGAGAGAAGAACCUCUGAGGGUCUGGAGCUAGAAUUGUGUACAGAAGAUCGGCCAGGACUACUUUCAGAUAUCACUAGGAUAUUCAGGGAAAAUAGUUUGUGCAUUAAAAGAGCAGAAAUCUCAACACAAGGGGGAAAGGCAAAAGAUAUCUUUUAUGUCACAGAUGUGACUGGGAAUCCAGUUGACCAAAAGACAGUUGAUUCAAUUUGUGAGGAAGUUGGCCCAAAUAUGCUGCAUGUUAAGUGGAGUCGUUGUCAUUCCGAAAAGCUACCUGAAGAAGGAACAAUUAGUUACCUCUUUGGGAGUCUCUUCAAAGUUCGAACCCUCCAAAGUCUGAAGCUGAUUGGAUCCUACACUUGAGUGGUUCUCUGUAAGACUGGAAAACAUUGUAGAUAUGUCAGAUUUCAAGUAACAAAAAGUGUAGAUAGAUAUCCUACCCAUUGGUGAAGAAUUCUUUAGUUUCAUGUAAAUUGUAACCAUUAGAUAGUGUGAUGAGAGAUAUAGAAGAAACAUCAGUAGCAGCAGAUAUUGCCAGGGGUUGUCUGUAUAUACAUGGAUGUGCAUAUAUACUCUGGACAGUGUUCACUAUAAAAUGGAAGAACCAAACUGUA